AGAAAGCACCAUCGUAUUCAUCAUUGAAGGGAGAAACAAACACGUACACAACGAACACAUCGUUUUGGAUCGCCCAUACACCCCUUCUUUCUCGAGAAUCUAACUAGUUUUCACAAUGCUUAGUGCCUUCCGUGGAAAUCUAACACGUUCGAGAAUCAACGCUUUGAAGGGCGCUGCCCUCAAGAGCUCAACCGCCAUUGCCCGUUACUACUCCACCACCUAUGAUUCGUUUUUGAGCACGUCUAACGCCAACUACGUCGAUGAGAUGUACGAUGCCUGGAAGAAGGACCCUUCCUCCGUCCACGCCUCUUGGAAUGCCUACUUCAAGAACCUCGACGGUAACGUUCCGGCUUCCCAGGCUUUCAUCCCACCACCAACCUUGGUUCCAAACCCUUCUGACGGUGUUGUCUCGGUUGUUCCAACAGGCUCUGUGGGGAACGACGACGUCUUGCUCCAUUUGAAGGUUCAAUUGCUCGUUAGAGCCUACCAAGUCAGAGGACACCAAAGAGCUCACAUUGAUCCACUUGAGAUCUCCUUUGGUGACGACAAGAAGGUGCCGCCACCAAAGGAGUUGACUUUGGAACACUAUGGAUUCACAGAGGCUGACUUGUCGAAGAAGAUCCACUUGGGUCCAGGUAUCUUGCCUAGAUUUGCCCAAGAGGGUAAAGAUGAGAUGACCUUGGGGGAGAUUAUUGACACAUGUAAGAAACUCUACAGUUCAACAAUCGGUUUCGAAUACAUCCACAUCCCUUCAAGAGAGAAGUGUGAUUGGCUCAGAGAGAGAAUCGAGAUCCCAUCCCCUUACUCUUACACAGUUGAUCAAAAGAGACAAAUCUUGGAUCGUCUUGUUUGGGCAACCUCCUUUGAGACGUUCUUGUCCACAAAGUUCCCUAACGAUAAGAGAUUUGGUUUGGAAGGUGCCGAGUCUGUCAUUCCAGGUGUCAAGUCCCUCAUUGACCGUGCUGUUGAGCUUGGUGUCGAGAACAUUACCUUUGGUAUGCCUCACAGAGGUAGAUUGAACAUGUUGUCCAACGUUGUCAGAAAGCCAAAUGAGUCCAUCUUUUCCGAAUUCACCGGUUCUAAGGAGAUCGAUGAAGGUUCAGGUGAUGUCAAAUACCACUUGGGUAUGAACUUCCAAAGACCAACCACCUCUGGUAAGCACGUGAACUUGUCUCUUGUUGCUAACCCAUCCCAUUUGGAGGCUGAAGAUCCAGUUGUCUUGGGUAGAACAAGAGCAGUUCAACAAUUCAACAACGAUAUUGGCACUUUCGACAAGGCCAUUGGUGUCUUGUUCCACGGUGAUGCUGCUUUCGCUGGUCAAGGUGUUGUGUACGAGACUAUGGGUUUCGCUAACUUGCCAGCUUAUUCAACUGGUGGUACCAUUCAUGUUAUUGUCAACAACCAAAUUGGUUUCACCACUGAUCCAAGAUUCUCAAGAUCUACUUUGUACCCAUCCGAUAUUGCAAAGGCUAUCAACGCCCCAAUCUUCCACGUGAAUGCUGAUGAUGUUGAAGCUAUUACCUUUAUCUUCACUUUGGCUGCUGAAUGGAGAGCUACUUUCCACUCCGAUGUUAUUAUCGAUGUUGUUGGUUACAGAAAGUAUGGUCAUAAUGAAACUGAUCAGCCAGCUUUCACCCAACCAUUGAUGUACCAAAGAAUUGCACAAAAGAAAUCCGUCAUUGACCUCUACUCUGAACAAUUGGUCAAGGAAGGCUCAUUCACACAAGAAGAUAUCAACGAACACAAGGCUUGGGUUUGGGAUAUCUUGGAGCAAUCCUUCCAAAAGUCAAAGGAAUACGUUCCAACUACUAGAGAAUGGUUGACCACCCCAUGGGAAGGCUUCAAAUCACCAAAGGAGUUGGCCACUGAGAUCCUUCCACACUUGCCAACUGCUGUUGAACAGGACAAGCUUAAACACAUUGGUGAGGUCAUUUCAAGCUGGCCAGAAAACUUUGAGGUGCACAGAAACUUGAAGAGAAUUUUGAACCAACGUAAGAAGUCUGUUGAGACUGGUGAAGGUAUUGACUGGGCCACUGCUGAGGCUUUGGCUUACGGUUCUUUGGUUGAAGAAGGUUACCAUGUCAGAGUUUCUGGUCAAGAUGUUGAGAGAGGUACUUUCUCUCAACGUCACGCCGUCUUGCACGAUCAAAAAUCCGAGAACACAUACAUUCCAUUGAAGCAUGUCUCUGAGACACAAGCUGACUUUGUUAUCUCUAACUCUUCUCUUUCUGAGUAUGGUGUUAUGGGUUUCGAGUACGGUUACUCCUUGACUUCUCCGGAUGCAUUUGUGCAAUGGGAGGCCCAGUUCGGUGAUUUUGCCAACACCGCUCAAGUCAUUGUUGAUCAAUUCAUUGCUGCUGCUGAAUCCAAAUGGAAACAGAGAUCUGGUCUUGUUUUGACAUUGCCUCACGGUUACGAUGGACAAGGUCCAGAGCACUCUUCUGGUAGAUUGGAACGUUAUUUGCAAUUGGCCAAUGAGGAUCCAAGACAGUUCCCAUCUGAAGAGAAAUUGAGCCGUCAACACCAAGACUGUAACUUCCAAAUUGCAUACGCAACAACCCCAUCCAACUUAUUCCACUUGUACAGAAGACAGAUGCACCGUCAAUUCAGAAAGCCACUUGCUUUGUUUGUGUCGAAGCAAUUGUUGCGUCACCCAUUGGCCAGAUCAAACUUGUCUGAGUUCACCGAUGACGCUCAUUUCCAAUGGAUUAUCGAGGAUGUUGAACUUGGUAAGAGUAUUGGUACAAAGGAUGAGAUCAAGCGUGUUGUCUUGCUCUCUGGUCAAGUUUACACUGCUUUGCACAAGAGACGUGCUGAAAUUGAGGAUAAGACCACUGCUUUCAUCAAGGUUGAACAACUUCACCCAUUCCCAUGGGCUCAGUUGCGUGAUUCUUUGAACUCAUUCCCUAACGCCACCGAUUUGGUUUGGUGUCAGGAGGAGCCAUUGAACAUGGGUGCUUGGUCCUUUGUGCAACCAAGACUCAGCACCGUGUUAAAGGAGACCAUCCACAGUGAUAAGGCAUUCCGUUACGCUGGUAGAGACCCAAGUGCCUCUGUUGCUGCGGGUUCCAAGGGUAUGCAUCUUGCUGAGGAGAAGGCCUUCAUCGAUGAAGUGUUUGGUGCCUAAGUAAUUUAUCUGUUUAUUAACUUGUUUAUUAUUUCGAAUUCCGCAUUUAUUAUUUGGAAUAGAUAUGUCUAUAUAUUCGUAACUGCUAU